GCAUGCACCCGCCGCCUGCUGUGUGACGGGUUUGAGCGAGGCAAGAAGGCGGCGCUGGCGUUCCUGGAGGGAUUCAAGACGACCGUCAGCAUGGAGGGGGACGCGCCUGAUAAGGACACUCUCAAGCUCGUUGCCAGGACCACCCUGCGCACCAAGGUAUGGCGCAGUGGUGGUGGAGUGGUGCUUCUUUGUGCGUGCAGCAAGCAAGGUAUGCGGGUCAGCGUUCCUGGAGGAGCUGAAGUCGAACUGUGA